UCUCCCUGUCACUGUAAACCACCCACAAAUGCACUGGAUGAGUCACGGUUACAUCCCCUCAUCAUUAAAGCCCACAACAUAAACCUGGAGAAGAGCGGGAGGAAGCAAUCGAAGAGACAAACAAGCAAGCCAUCAUCUUUUUCUCGCGUGGUUUGAGGGAAAAAGGAGAGGAGAAACCGAUCAAAGAGCAGUGACUGUAUCAGAUGUCUUCCAUGAUUGGUACAGAGGCCGUCCAUCUCGCUCCCUCUCCGUCCGAGUUCAAACCUUUUCAUGCGAAAGUAUGUGGAAGAGAGAGGCGCCGGUAGUGAGAGGACCAAUGGACCGCGUCUAGUUGUGUAAAGGAGAGGGACGGGGUCCGGUUCGGUCGGUUGCAACGGUUCGCAAUCUGCAGUUUUGAGGUCGUCCCCGCUCCCAUCUUUGGAGUUGAUCGAUCCCUUCUGUAGAGACGAGAAGACAGAGGAGGAGAUGGCGGCGGAGGUGGAGGAGCAGAUGCUGGUGCCGAUGCACCAGAGGAGGAACAGGUCCGGGGAGGAGGCAGCCACAGUGGCGGAGGAUCCGAGCAUCGACACCGAUAAGCUAAGCUACGAGAUCUUCUCGAUUCUGGAAAGUAAGUUCCUUUUUGGCUACGACGACCCCGAGCUCUGGUCCACAAGGGUUCCUCCUCUAGCCGCCACAGCGCCGGCCGAGGCGUCCUCCUUCAAGAACCAGAGGGGCAAGGUGUGCGUGCUCUGCAUCGACGGCGGCGGUGGCUGCGGGAUGCGCGGCAUCCUCCCCGGGAAGGCCCUUGCCUACCUCGAGCAGGCCAUCAGGACCAAGUCCGGGGACCCCGUCGCACGAAUAUCGGACUACUUCGACGUUGCCGCCGGCACUGGCAUCGGGGGCGUCUUCGCCGCCAUGCUGUUCGCCACCCGCGACGGUGCCCGCCCCCUCUUCCGUGGCGAGGACACCUGGCGCUUCCUCGCCGAACGCGGCAAGCGCCUGUUCAGAAAGGCGCCGCCUUCCUCUUCCUCCUCCCCCGGCUUGUUCGUCCGCUGCCUCUUCCCGGGCGGCGGAGCGUCGACGACGACGGCGGCAAUGGAGAAGGCGAUGAAGGAAGCUUUUGGCGAGAGCCUGACUCUAAAGGACACGGUGAAACCGGUGCUGAUCCCGUGCUACGACCUGAGGAACUCCGCGCCGCUCGUGUUCUCGCGCGCCGACGCCCUGGAGAGCGAGAGCUUCGACUUCCGGCUGUGGGAGGUCUGCCGGGCGACGUGGGCUGAGCUGGGGCGGUUCGAGCCGGCGGAGAUCACUUCAGUGGACGGGGCCACCGCCUGCGUCGGUGUGGACGGCGGGCUUGCGAUGAGCAACCCUGCGGCAGCGGCCAUCACGCACGUCCUCCACAACAAACAGGAGUUCCCCUUCGUCCGGGGAGUGGAGGACCUCAUGAUGCUCUCGCUCGGCUGUGGAGAAGCAGGCGGCGGCGCCACCCCAGUCGUGGCGGAGACCGAAUACCGCAAGCUCCGGCGUUGGGGCCCCAGGGAGUGGGCCCAGCCCAUCGCGCGGAUCGCCGCCAACGGCGCCGCCGACCUCGUGGACCACGCCGUCGCGCUUGCCUUCGGCCAGUGCCGGAACUCCAACUACCUCCGCGUCCAGGCGGAUGUCUCGAGCAUGCGGCGAUGCAGUGUGGAAGAGGUGGACCACGACGCAAGCCCGGGCAACGUGAAGCUGCUGUUGGAGGCAGCGGAAGCGAUGCUGAGGCAGAAGAACGUGGAGUCGGUGCUAUUUGGUGGGAAGAUGACGAGGGAGCAGAGCAACAUGGAGAAGCUGGAUUGGUUUGCAGGGGAGCUCGUGCUGGAGCACGAGAGGAGGAGUUGCCGAAUAGCUCCCACCGUCGCCUUCAAGCAACCCAUCCCAAAGUCCACAAGCAAGUCGUAGGCCAUGCAGCAGGCAGCGGUCACCUCUUGUGUUCUCUUCUGUUGGGUUCUGUCCUGUUCUUUCAGAUUCAAUUACAACUAUAGCAUUGCUCCCCACAGGUCACAACAAACUCUGUAACACUUGGUAGAUGCUCUCUCUAUGGUUACACUUCAUCAUCAAGCAAAAAUCCUGUUCUUGUGUUAUAGAUAGAUCAGGAGAGGAUCUUUGUUUGCUUGCUCUACUUAUCACGCUCAGUUGUAACUCCUCAUUUGCCACUGUUUCUUAAGACUCUUUCGGCCAUA